UGGUCGUGUGUUAUCAGUUGCGGCUUUGUGCUACACUCGUGCGGUCUUUCGUUGGUCAUAUCGAAUUCUCACAGGUAUUUCGAGUGCUCCAGUUCCUUUCCAUUUGGAUAAAGAAAAGAUAUAAAAAGUGUUAUUGUGUUCUUUCUGAGAUAUGUUUUGAGUGCACCGCGCUUGGAAAAUAAUAUUUAAAUUUUAUACGUUUUGGUCGCAAAUUAAGUAAAACAAAUAACUGCAGGACCAUGCGGUCUCGAAAGGUGGCAACAUGGCGACAACACCAUUGCUUCCUACUACUUCUACUGCUAACACAAGCGUUCCUAUUCACCACCGCGCUAGCCGCUCCAUCCAACUCACUCACAGCGCAAAAUGGCGCAGGUUUAAGUUCCAAUAACAACAGCAAUGGCAGUGGCAGCAGUACAAAUGGCAAUGGUAAUGUAAAUAGUAAUAGCAACAGCAACAACAACAACAACAACAACAACAAUGUCAUUGGUAAUCCCAAUGUAAGCAUAAAUAGUGGAGGCAACACUGCAAGCAACGCCAACAUCACCGGCAUAGCGGCCAGCAGCAGCAGCAGCAGCAGCGGCAUCAGCAGUAGCCAAGGCGUAAAUGCCGGCAGCAACAAUGUUGAUUUAAUCAAUAUGGGCAGCGCAAAUGCGGGCGGUGUGGGUGUUGUUGGCGGUAGUGGCGCCAACAGCAGCAACAUCAUGGUAUUGCCCAGAGAGAAGCUGUACGAUAAGUGCACGGGCCCAGGUGAUCCCGGGCCAUGCAAGCAAUACAUUUACAAAUGGCGCUAUGAGCCACUCACUAAUGAGUGCACAACAUUCAUUUGGGGAGGCUGCGAUGGCAAUCCUCAGAAUCGUUUCAACACAGAGGCCGAGUGCUUGUAUCACUGCAUUGGUGGACCGCAUACGCUACCACCAUUUCUACGUUCCACUACCAGUGAACCCAGCACUACUGAGUCAGCGGUGCAGUUGGCGUCCAACACAGCGGGACCUUUGUAUGGCGACGAUGCGGCGGACUCCAGCCCGGUGCCUUUUGAUAAACGUGGUCCUGAGCUGACAUUUGCUGAAACAGGCCAAGAGAAGACAUUUGUCUUUGCCAAGAAUAAUACAUUCAUCCAAAUGGACGGAGACAUUAUACAAACGUUUCAGUUAAGACUUUGUCGUGAGAUCUCAUUCCAAUUCCGGACACGCCUACCACAUGGCCUACUCGUCUAUCAUAAUGUUAAGAAUCCAGAUCGUAUUGAUCUAGACCCAUAUGCCCUUUACGUUAUUGUGGAGAAGGGUCAAUUAAAGGUUGUGCAUGUCUUUGGAAAACAUUCGACGAGUGUAACUGUGGGCGAAGGACUUAAUCGUGAUGAAUGGCAUAGUGUGAUGGUGCGCAUCGAUGUCCAUGGCGCAAGAUUGAUUGCACGCGUUGACAACAGUCAAGAGGAAGUUUACCUAAAGGGCUUGAACCAUGACACAAACUAUGGCGUAUCGACGAAUCUACCAUCGGUGGUGUUGGUCGGCGGCCUUUCAUCGGAGGAGAAACUGCAUGGCGUUAAGUAUAUCAUUGAGUCAUUUGUUGGUUGCAUUCGAAAUGUGGUUUUGAGUUCGGGUAAAGCAGCAUCCGAUUUACUGCCCAUCACACCACUGGUGGCCACCAAGCAUGAGAAUGUCAACGAAGGUUGCGCCGACAAAUGCUAUUCCAGACACAAUUUGUGUUUUGUGGGCUCCCGUUGUAUUAAUCACUACUACGACAUCUCUUGCGAUUGCUUUGGCAGUCAGUAUGAGGGCGAGCAUUGCGAUAUUUUCACGGCAACAAUCAUGACACUCCGUGGCUCCAGCUACGUCUCGUAUCGCAUUUAUGACUGGAAAGAUCGUGUACAUUCAUCCAACACCCGCAUCAGUCUCAUGUUCCGCACCCAAUUCGAUGAUUCAGCGCUUUUCUAUGCGAGUGGUGAAUCUCUCAAGCAUCAAUACAUCGCCGCUUCAAUAAAGAAUCAAUCAAUUCAUGUGGAAAUGGAUUUCGGCGAUAACGUACUAUCAACGGUGCUCACCGACGAGCUAACACGCAGUAAUUGGCAUAAUUUAACCAUUCACCAUGAACGGCGCACCGUGCGCAUCAUACUUGAUCAGCAAAUGAAAAUAUUAGAUGUGCCGGCGACGUCAAGCGGCAAUUUGCUCUUUGAUCCGGAAAUUUACUUUGGCGGCGGUCCGGAUUUGCACAAGAAGAAAGGAUUGCAAUCGCAAAAUAAUUUCGUUGGCAGUUUAAAAUAUGUUUAUUACAAUGACGUGUCGAUAUUGUAUGAGCUGCAGAAGAGUAAUCCUAAGGUGCAUUAUCACGGUGUCCUCGAAGCCGAAUUCCAAGAGAACGAAGUCAACGUCAUACCCAUAACUUACCCUUUUGCGACAUCUCACAUUUGGUGGCCCAUAAAUCACGCCGAAGAAUUUAAUAUUAAAUUCGAUUUCCGUAGCAGUCGCACAGCAGCAGUAUUGGCAUAUAGUGAUGUGACAACAACAUCCGGAAAUGGAUUUUGGGAGAUCCGCCUAUCUUCGGACAAACUGAGUUUUGAUCUAGUGCCCGAUUUGGGUAGCAAUCUCACCCACUCAACAGUGAUCAAAGUCAACAAAGCCACAUCGUGGCAUUCCGUUGAGCUGGACUACAAAGUAGGCGAAAUCACUUUCACUGUGGACUAUCAUCUAAGGCAGAGCCAAAUGUUCGGUUUGACUUUCAAUAUUGGUGAUAAACUAAUUAUUGGCAGUAGUCUCAAGUCUGCCGCCUCGGGGCUGGUCGGCUGUAUACGAGACAUAGAAAUCAAUGGUCAUCUCAUCGAGCCGCGGCAUGUAGUGAAGACGGAACGCGUUGUGGGCGAGGUAGCAUUGGAUAAUUGUAAUUAUAUUGAUCCAUGCAAGCGACCGAAUACAUGCGAACACGGCGGCAAGUGUUUCGUGAAGGACGAUCGUGUCACAUGCGAUUGCAAACAUACCGGCUAUAUCGGUAAAAACUGCCAUUUUACUAAAUAUCGCAAGACCUGUGAGGAGCUAGCAUUGUUGGGCUACACCAAAUCUGAUGUGUAUCUGAUCGAUAUUGAUGGUAACGGUAUCUUCCCGCCGGCACAUGUCAAGUGUGACUUCCAGAGUUUGGAGAAUGCCACAAAAACAAUUGUCGAGCACAAUUUACCGAGUCAAGUUGAUGUGCGUUCGGCAAGCGAAAAUGAUUUUAGCUACAACAUCCGCUAUCGCGAAUUUUCACCAGAUAUGUUGCAAGAAUUGAUCUCGCAUUCUUUAUACUGUACACAAUAUAUCAAAUAUGACUGUUAUAAGGCGCCGUUGGAGCUACACUCGGCCACUUGGUUCACUUCGUCGGCGAAGAAUUUAACUGUGGAUUUCCUUGGCAAUGCAAAACGUGGUGCGUGUCCUUGUUCCAUUAAUAAAACAUGUGUGGACCCAAAUCAAUCAUGCAACUGUGAUGUGAAAGAAAACAAAUGGUUUUCCGACGAAGGCUACUACAAUGAACCGCACAGUCUAGGAAUAACGAAUAUGUUUUUCCUGCAGCAAAAGGAUUUGGAGGAAGACUCACAGGGUCGAAUUACGCUUGGACCAUUGGAAUGUGUGGAGACAAACACGCAAAAGUAUGUCGUCACCUUCACCACAUCUCAAUCGUACAUCGAGGUGCCCGGCUGGCGAAAGGGCGAUAUUGCCUUUUCCUUCCGCACCACCGGCGAAAAGGCAAUUUUACUCUUCCAACCGCCCAUACGACCGAAUCAUCCAUCGUUUAUGGUGGCACUCACCGGCGACUAUCAGUUGACAUUCAAUUUCACCCUCAGCACCGGAACUACCAGAGAGUUGGUCAUCAACUCGCAUCGCAAGCUGAAUGGCGGUGAAUGGCACAAAAUUUGGAUUGACUACAAUGAGUAUCAUGUGCGCUUUAUGAUAAAUACAGACUAUCAAAUGGUUGAUCUCCUGCCAGAAGAAGAAUUCGGUCCAUUCGAAGGCAGCAUGUAUAUUGGAGGUGCCACCGCUGACCUGCUAAAGAAGCUCUCCGUUAAAGCUGGUCUAAUUGGCUGCUUCCGCGGCCUUGUGGUCAACGGUGAAAUACUCGACAUCUACAGUUAUAUGUCGGUACAUCUUUCGGAGAUUAUCAAAGACUGCAAGCCGUCCUGUGUGCCGUCACCAUGUAAAAAUGGCGCACAAUGCAAGGAAUUAUGGAGCACCUUCCAAUGCGUUUGCAGUAAUCCUUGGGCGCAUAUUGGUGAAUUUUGCGAAACGAACAUCAAUGAAAAGGCGCUCACCUUCAUCACACGCGAAUCAUUUUUAAUGCGUAAUUAUAUAAGCACACCGGCGGCCACGCCACCCUUCUUACCGGCCGCCUACUCCAUAUACGGUAUUAAUGAGGAACGUGACAUGAUUAAAGGCAUCCUCAUACAAGAUAUACUCAUCAAUUUGCGUACAUAUGAUGCUAAUGCAUUGGUCUUAUAUGCAAACGAUCAUUACAACAACUUUGUGCAUUUAUAUGUAAGCUCCGGACGUGAAAUUGUCUUCCUUUAUAAUUAUGGCGAUGAAAUUGUGAAUCUAACUAUUCUCGAUGUAUCGGUGAGCAGCUUGAAUAGCAUUCAGGUGGCCAUUGAGCGGGAGGAGCACCGAACCACCAUGCAUGUGAACGAGCAGAGUGUGAGCGUGGAAAGGGGUAUGCUGCUAUUGGAUGAAUAUAGCAAUAAGCCAUGGAACAAUCCAGAGAAAGAGGUCCUCUCGCCUCAUCGACCGCCCGCACCACCCACCGAAUACUUUCAAUUCAAUAUUGGCGGCUAUGAUCCAGCGAAUUUGCUAAGGCCCAAUCUAGACGCUCCUGCACUUCAGGGAUAUAUUGGCUGUGUGCGUGGCCUGAAAAUUGGCACAAAUCUAAUCGACUUGGCUGACAUCAACGAACGGAAUAUUUCACCCACCAUGGACGGUGUACUGCCAAACUGUCAAAUCAAAUGUGACACGGAGCCGUGCAAAAAUGGCGGCAUCUGUAAAGAGAAUUUCGCCAAACGUGAAUCAACAUGCGAUUGCGAACACACCAGCUUUUUGGGUGAAUUUUGCAUGGAGGAGAAGGGUGCCGAUUUCAGUGGCGAAUCAACAUUAUUGCGAAAAUUCGAGCUCACCGGCAAAGUGGACUAUGUACGAUUGCAAUUGGCAUUCUCAUCUUUCGAUUUGCGGCGUGCCAAUCGUGUAAUGUUGUUACUGCAGCCGACUGGCGAUCGUAGUUAUUACCUGAUGGUAGCCAUUAACGCUGAUGGUCAUCUAUUAUUCGAGGAGGACCGUGAAGGGCCAGCGGUGGGUGCGCAUAUCGACCGAAGUUUUCUGAAUAAUGCACGCCACUCCAUCUACUACACACGUAACGGUAGUGAGGCCACAUUGUAUAUUGACCGUGAUAGAGUGCCAUUGACAAAGAUACAAACGCGUGCACCGGUGCCAACGAGUGAUGUGGGUGGAAAUCGUGUACAAAUUGGUGGCAUCAAUACAACGGAUGCGAGAUUUGCUGUGUUCAAGAGUUAUAGUGGUUGUCUGUCAAAUAUUUACAUUCAAGUGAAUAAUUACGUGAUGAAACCUUUGGAGGAAUAUAUGCUCUUCACCAAGUCAGGUGCGGACAACAUAACUGUUAUUCACCCACAGGGCCUACGCAGCGCACAAUGCACUGCUAAAUUUGAUAUAUCGGAGCAACCAUCACAGGAGCCAAUGGUGAACGUGAGUUCGAGCGUUGAGACUUGGGUUGAAGACCCACCACAGCGCGUACUCUAUGUAGCCAAGUUCGGCUAUGACGUAUCCGAGAAAGAGGACUCCACACAAGUUGUAUUCAUAACACUCACUUCGCUCUUUAUCAUCAUAAUCAUUUGCUGCCUAAUCGAGGUAUACCGCAGUCAUCGGGCGUACAAGAAACGCAUCGAACGUCAAACUGACGAGGACAUCAUUUGGUCCAAAGAACAAGCAACGAAAAUGCAUGAAUCGCCGGCGGUAGCAGGCACCCAAUCAUAUGCCUACAAAGUGUUGCCACAAGAUGAAAAGAAACCGGGAAAUGGUGCACCACUGGUGAGUAUUUUGAAAAAUGGCAAUGCUGCUUCGGCCACAUCACUUGCAGGUGGUGCUGCAGUGUCGGCCAAGGAGAAUGGAAGUGUGAAGAAAAAUGGUGAAAUACCAGUUGGUCACAUUGAUACGCGAAUCGAUGAAGAGGAUGAAGAUGACGAUGAUGAUGAUGACAAUGCCACAAAGGCGGAAGUUGACAAAAGCUUAGACGAAGCUUUGAAUGCUGAGCAGCACGAUGGGCAGGUUGAACAGAAAGAGAUUAAUGCGGAUACGCAAAAAACUACUGAGGGAAAAGAUGAUAAAGAACAAACAAUAAGCGCACAUGAACAAAAGAAAGAAAGCACUGGCGAUGCUAAGCAGACUUCUAAUGACAAACCAAGCGAAAGCGUUGGAGGCAACGAAGAGAAAAAAACGAACGACGAAGGCGCUGGAAAGGAAAAAUCUGAAACAACGACAUCGUCAACGCCAACUCCAACGCCGACAGAGAAAGAUAAAGAACCGGACCAAGCGUUACAUACGAGUACCGAACCUCCAGCAGCAACACCACAAAAACCAGAAAAGGAGACACAAACUCCCGCACAAAUAGAUGGAGACUUGAUCGAUGGACAACAGCAGCAACAGAUACCGCCUGCAACCACGAAUGGUUCGACAACAAAUGGUCAUGGCACGAUAUCGCGAGAGAAAGGACAGCUUACCCCAGUAGACAGUGAGAGCAAACCAAGUACUGGCAUACCGCAGAGAGAGGUAUUAUCCUACGAGCCAGCGCAGUCAACCAGUCCACCCUAUGGAAUUACGACUCCCAAACCGAAAAAACGAUUAACGCCGUCUAUGAAUUUCCCAUCGCUUAACGAUGGUGACAACCAAAAUGAUGCCAAUACAUUCAAAGAGCAGCAUACAAAUGAUUUACAUACUUUCGAUGGCGUUGACGAAACGAGCCCCAUGUUGUCGGCAACUAGCAGUGGAAAACCAUCCAGUCCAGCAACGAUUCCGGCCAGCAAAGAGUUGCCUCCCGCGCCCACUGAAAUUGAUAACGUGCCAGUUACACCCUUCCGCACAAAACCUAAUCCUCAUCUUCAAGUCAAACCCGCCUACAUCGAUGAUGCCCAUCGACAAUUUUGGAAUCCUAUAAGCUAUUUGGGUGGACCUCAUCUCUUACCUAGAGACAGGAACAGUAUCACAUCGAUACUGUCGCUCGACUAGCGUUUAAAUGCUUACCGAAUUGAAAAAUUUUCGACAGAAUUAAAAACGGUGCUACAGUAGUCUCUCCAAAGUCUAAACACAUUUAUUUGAUAAUGUACUUUAUAUGUAUGUAUGUAUUAAGCUACUCGAAGGAAGUUUUAGACAUGUACUUAAUUAACAUUAUUUUUAAAAUUUAUUGAAAGUAACCAAAGAUAUUCUUAUCUCUCCGGACUCUAGUGUAUUAAAUUUGUUGUUACAAUUAUACAUAUAUAUAUUCGUAUGUUAUUGUUUUAUGUAGUGCUAAAAAUUUAU